AUGCGAGACGUUGUCAUUAACCCUGCUGCCGGAGGCAAAGGCGGCAAGCCCUUCGAGUUAUACAAACCCGACAAACCCGUGAAAUCAAUUGAUAUUUGGUCUAACAACGGCGAGGGCGGUGCUUCAAACUACAUCGUCUUGAAGGGCCUUGCAAUCAACUGGGACGAUGGAAGCGAGUUCAGGGGCCAGAAGAAGGGCCCGCGUACACAUUUCACGUUUGACCAAGAACAUGUGAGGGGAAUGAAUAUCUGCGCGGCGCCUAGCGGCUCAGAGGGUCGCUGUGACUCCAUCGACUUCACCCUCGAGCACAAUGAAGAGCUUUUCAUCGGAGGGGAGGGAGGACAUAAAAAUACCGAGCAGGUCGGAAACGGAGUGUUGGUUGGUUUUGUUGGAGCUGCCCAAGGGGAUAUUGAUCGGCUUGGUGCUGUCUUCCAAAAGUAG